UGCCACGCUGCCGAAGCGUCGGUUGGAAGUACAUUGAGAAGAUAACGGUGAAAUUUUAAAUGGCUGCUUAUUGAAAAAACCAUCAAAAUGUCGUCAAAGAAAGAAGUGCAGUUACCACCGCUGUCUCAUUCUGUAAGGUCAUUACCUCACCUUCCUUCUGAUGAUAAAAGAGACAGCAGAGGAAACCAGCAACAAAUUAUCAGUAGCAUUUCCACAUCAAAGUUUCUUAAAAUCAAAGGUGGGGAUACUUCAGUCUACCUUUCAACUGGGGCUGAUCAUGUUACCUCUGAAAACAUCAGAAAACCCAGAGAAAUAAGACGUCAUGGAUCUCUUACCCAGCCUCGUUUCUUGGAACAACUAAAGUGCUAUCUCAAGAGACAGUUAGAAACCUUAGACACACAUGACCCACAAGUCCAAGAGCUCCGACUACAGGUUCACCAGGAGGUCUUUGGCUAUUUAAUUGAAGAAUUUAAAACCUAUAAGCCGAUUUUUUCUAUCAUCAAAAACGAGUACGACAUCACAUUAGCACACCUUCGUGAACAGAUCAGGGAUCUACUACCACUGCGAGCAAAGGUAGUGCUGGUGUCGGAACAGUGUGAGAAGAGGAUUCUGGAUCUACAGGUGCAGGAGAGGGAUGAGAUCAGAGCUCUGAAGCAAGAGUGUCGACGUCUGCAGAGCAUCAUUGAGAGUAUGAGGGGACAACAAAGUGCCCUGCAGAUUCAGGUUGAUCGUCUAAAAGAAGACCUGGCCACCCAGUAUCAGUUAUACAGGGAUGAACGUGAUGCGCGAAGGCUGCUCAUUGCCAAAGUCAGCAGCAUGCACUCUACCCAGGAUAUUGAAGAUGAUGACAACAAGGAAGAGGCGAAACCUGAGGAUCCUGGAAUGCUGAAGCUGGCUUUGCAAGUGUGUAGAGAGGAUCUUACCAAAGCCCAGUUAGAGCUCAACCGCCUGCAAGCAGAAUAUGACAAUGUGGUCCCUCUGCGAGACUGGGAGAACCUGAAUCGUGUGCAUGAGGAGACUUUAAUGAAGCUGGAAACCUAUCAAACACACUUUGAAAAGAUGAAGUCAGAGUAUGACACACUGCUUGAAGUUCAUCGGCAGUCAGCACCAGCAGUGUUGCACUCAAAUCAGUCCAUGAUGCAACCCAGCUCAAAUAAUAAUCGCAGUGUUACUCCCAGACCUAAUUGGGAACAAUGUUCAGAAAUACUUGGGGGCAAUGAGCGAUGCAAAGAGCUCUUUGAAGGUCAAUCCAGCCAAAAGAAGUUGGAGAUCUUCCUGCAGGAGCUGAAUGGAAAGGUCCUUGACCAAAAUGAGUUCUUCACUGGUCUUGGCACCUCCAAUGACGUCCCCAUUUAUCUACGCUAUGAGGGGAAACUUAAGAAUCUUAAGCUCAAGAAAGCUGAUGUAGUUAAAGUAAUCAAGGAAAUCUGGAGGGACAAAAUAUCAGAGAAUGAGAAGAGUGAUGACUGCAGAGAUCUGAAGGUGUUUCUACACAGCUAUCUUGUGGAACAUUAUAAGGAGAAGGCUGGAGAGUGGGCUUACAGCUUGAUGGAAAGCAUCAAAAACUAUCUUGAAGAUGAUCUCAUUUGUCUUUUCAAUGACAUCCUUAUGGGGAAGGUGGAUGAAAGUAUCUACCAUGGACAGAAUCAGCUGCUUUCUCACUUGCUCAAAGUUUUAAUUCAAAGUGACAUAACAGAAUGUGGAUCACUAACUGUUGAAGAAUUUAGAGAGGCAUUAAGGAAGGCUUUCCCCCUAAAGUCAGAGCAAGACAUACAGGAGCUGUUGGCGAUUGCUCAGACAGAGCUGAAGAGAAAUGCAGUACGAAUAGCUUAUCAGAAACUUUAUACAGAGGACACAAAUGGAAGGCACAAAGAAUUCCUGAGUUUGGUUAAAAAUCAGGCUACCGCUGAGAGACUCCAGUAUAUCACUGAGCUCAGGGUACAACUGGAAGGCAAAGGGGAAGUGGAUGCAGAGCAUCUAAGGGCUGCCUUCAAGACCAUCGAUCCCUCACUGGAUUCUGCAACCCUUGACUGGAACCUCAGUGUAGCUUUUCAGACAAAGGCGUGCGAAUUACAAACUCACACUUUGGAUACCGAGGUUGUGCUACAGCAUCUCUCUGUGGCUAAUGUGAAAAGGUCAGGGCCAAAAUAAAGACCAUUGUCCAGUCAAGCACAUGGCUUUACUCUUGUACUGUGUAUUUCUAGCACAUAGCACAGGUAUAACAUGCACAGCACAGGACACAGAAAUGUCUCUGUUAAAGGAAUAUUCCGGGUUCAAUACAAGUUAAGAUCAAUCGACAGCAUUUUUGGCAUAAUGUUGACAUCCAAAACAAUCUUUAAAAAAAAAAAAGCCAAAAUCGAGGUUAUAGGAAGUGAAUGGGGCCAAUUUUGGAGGGUGUAAAGGCAGAAAUGAGAAGCUUAUAAUUUUAUAAAAGCAAUUACAUUAAUUUGUCUGUUAAAACUUGUGUAUUAUGUGAGCUGUUGUUGUCUGAAUAGUAAUCAUUUUAGGGUUUGUUUACAUUACAUAGUUGGCUUUAAACAGAAAAGGUUAGUAAGUGAUUUAUCAAACUAAAAUCAUGUAAUCAUGCAUAUUGUUUAUGUCUUGUGGCUAUACUUUUGAAAAGGUGAUUAUUUUAAUGUGUAUGGAUUGGCCUCAUUUACUUCCAUUGUAUGUGCCUCACUGGAACCCAGAUUUUUUAUUUUUUUCAAAGAAAGGAGGGACGAGUCAAAAUUUGUUUUUGUGGUAAUCAGUAUUACGCUACAAAUGCUGUCAAUUGAGCUUGUAUUGAACCUGGAAUAUUCCUUCAAAAGUUUGCAUAUUACUGUUAUGUCUGUCUAUUAUGCAUAUUAUUGUGUAAUAAUUAGAUAUUUAAAAAAAGUAGACCGGGGCUAGCUGUCACAUGGGGAAGUUCUCACAAGGACUCAGAAUCAAUUAAUUGUGUAAAUGUGUUUAUCUUUAGCAGAAGUUUUGCAUAUAGGUUUCAAACAGUUUAUUAAAAACUAUCUUAAAUUA